AUGGCUAGCAAAGAAUUGGACGCAAGUGUUAUUGACCCGCCGAAAGAGAUUGAGGAAUCUGAGUCUGGACAACAACAGGUGGUACACCUGGAUGACUUGGCUCAGGCUUUAGCUCGGCAUUUCCAGUACAACGUGGAGAUUGUCCCUGAUCGCCUAUCCUUGAUUAAGAUAGAGAAAAAGCCCAAUGAGAGCUUCAGGGAGUAUGGUUUCCGGUGGAGAGAACAGGCGGCACGAGUCAACCCUCAAAUGGAGGAAGCCAAAAUGGUGGAGUACUUUCUUCAGGCCUUGGAGCCUACUUACUUUGGUCAUUUGAUCUUGGCCAUAUGUAAGUCUUUCAAUGAAGUGGUAAAUAUGGGAGGAAUGGUAGAGGAAGGACUCAAAUCAAGUAAGAUCAUGAGUUACUCCGCCCUCAAAGAAACCACACAAGCAAUUCAAAAUGGCAACGGGGGUGUGUUAAGGAAAAAGAAGAAAGAAGAUGUUGCUAUGGUCAUCUCAGGAUCGUGGCAUGGCCUAACGGUUUCACCACACCAUUACACCCAGCCUCGACCCCAACCUCAAACCUACACUCAAACUUCAUAUAAUCCACCCCAACACUACUUCCCACCACAGAACCCUCAAUAUUCAGUCAGACCUCUACAAUACCACGUCCACCACGCACAGCAAUAUGCUCAACCCCCUCCUCACCCGCAAUGGCGUGCACGAGCUCCACAGAAUUCGUAUCCCCCUCCAAAAAUAUAUCGAAACCCUAUUGGUCCAAUCUUUCGACCCGGGCCAGAGUUGAGGCAGUUGGAUGUUCUGAGGCUGAUUGAGUCAAAAUUACCAAAUCCCCCUCCAAAGAACCUUGAUUAUUCCCUCAGAUGUGCAUAUUGUUCUGAUGCUCCAGGGAACGACACAGAAAAGUGUUUGCAUUUGAAGAACGCCAUCCAAGAUCUAAUCGAUACAAACCAAAUUGUGGUCCAGAGCCCGAAAACUCCAAACAUCAAUCAGAAUCCCUUGCCAGCCCAUGCUGAAACGCACAUGAUUGAGAUAGUGUAUAAGGGUGGGGAGCCCGAGAAUCCUUCAAAGUCUGUCAUGAUGAUCUGUGCCACUGAUAGUAAUUCAGUCAAAACUCCAGUUGUUACAAAUGCAACAUCCUCGACAGCUGAAGAGCUGAAGGACAAAAUAAGCCCGCCCAAUGUUAAGCCACCUGUAUUUGUUGUGAAAGGGUUCCCAUAUGAUGUUAAAGCGAAGCAAGGAAAGCCGAAAGUGGUGGUGCCGGGGUCAACAAGUAAGCCUAUCAUAAUCGUGGAAGGGGCUCGUACCGACCCUAUUAUUAUUAAACCUGUGACCCAACUGUCGGUAAAUAACACCAAGGUUGUUCCAUGGAAUUACAAGCAAGUGAUAGUAACCUAUAAAGGGAAGGAAGUGGAAGAGGAAGUUAAUGAAACCCGGGGGUUGACUCGUUCUGGGAGAUGCAUUAGCCUAGAGGAACUAAGGAAAGCUAAGCCACCCAAAGAUAAUCCGAUUCUAGUAAAGAAGUCAGUCACCGAAGAGCAGGCGGAAAAUUUUUUGAGAAAAAUGAAGGUGUAG